GUCACUCGCCGAUGUGGCAAAUCGUUUCAGGCAUCAUAACAUAUCGAAUGACAACAACCCCUGCGUAACGCGGAACAAAACACCAUAAAUGUAUACUGUAUACGUGGAUUGCAGGCUCGGCGUUUCGUAGCUCCACCCGCGAAUUUCCCUCAACGCCCGGUUGCUGGGAAAGGCUCUCGUGGGGAAGGUUGAUAAGAGGCGAGCGCCUAAACACUUCUCACACGUGCGAUUCUUGGAGGAGCCAAUGAGGUUGCUGAAAAUGAGUCGUGCGAGGGAUUUCAAGAAGACUGCCCGUAAUUAUAAGCACGUUGUAUCAGGAGCAUUUCGAGGCCCCUGCGAUGCUGUCCAUUAGUUACGGGAGCUACGGGCUCCGGAAUGCCAGCCAAUCACCGCUUGACAAACGUGUCGCAUGUCCCUCAUAAGCCCUUACAGAUGCGAAUGUGAAGUGUUCCAUGUCUCUCUUCCGACCCAUUGCAAUUGCACCUCCCAAAGGUCCAGCGGACAUGGACGUGUACGCUGCAAACAGUCCACGCAGGGCAAAGCGCUUGCGUUCAGAGUCAGGCGCUGCCGUUGCUAUAGCUCCGCAGUCAGACAUUCAUCGACCGUCUAGCCCAUUUUCCAGCGAUGACCAGGUUGAAGAUGACGGCUACGAUACUCCUCCUCCAGCGCCGCAACCCAAACGUCGCGGACGCAAACCUGGAACGCUUUCACGCGCAGCACGUGAAGCUCAGCGGAAGAUCAACCACUCUCUCAUUGAAAAAGCAAGGCGCACCAAAAUUAAUGAUGCCCUGGCCGCAUUAAGAGAGCUGGUGCCUCCAGAAUACAAGCGGGUCAAUGAAACUGUAGAGGGCAGCGACGAAGAUGAUGACGAUGAACCUAAGAAGGGUAAAGGAAAGUCAAAAGCGGGAGAAAAGGAAUUUAAACUCGAGAUUCUGGUGAGGACGGUGGCGUAUCUUCGGGACCUGACAGAGAAGGUGAGGCACCUCGAAGAAGAUGGGUGCCCAAACUGCAAACAGUGUGCUCGCCAAUCCUCUUCUGACACCAGGGGGCUCAAGCGAAGGAGACAGGACGUUGAGCCGAACGAAGUUGAGGAGGAAAAGGGUGCAAGGACAAAAGUGGGGUCCGCCGAGGACCCAUCCUCCCGCUUGCCAUCAAUUUCCACCUGGCUUCCACAUCCAUCACAAGAACGGACUCGGCGAGCCCCGCUCCUGAGUUCAUCCCAGUCACCAUCCGGUGCCGUCCCGAGCUCUUCGAAGUCUCCAUCACAACAGCUCCCAACACCUCCAACUUCCGCAACAUUUACAAGCUCCUCCUCCGUCUUCGGAGUCCCGCCUGUUCUGACCCUCCCCUCUCCGAGUGCAAUCCUCCCGCAAUCAGGGACUCAGAUUCAACCCUGCUUUUCGGGCUUCGUUCCACGACGGAGUUCUAUUGACACAUCAUCAUCCUCGCCAGUGUACACUCCAGAGGAUGAGACUGCUGCAUCACUACUGUUGCGCAUCAGCACCUCCACGCCCGUGACCUCACCACAACUGCCACUAAAGCAGGCAUCUCCGUCAAGUAAAAUGAGUGACUCACGGGCGGGACGACCUGGAGAAGAGUCUGUGCAUGCACUGACACCAAGUCAUCUGUUGGGCUUGACGACGGGGACGUGAAACCGGACCAUGAAUGCCAUUGUAAGACGUAAAAGCCGUACCUCGAUCCGACUCUUGUCUGCGUGUCUUGUAACUAAUAUUUUGCUCGUACUUCAGUUAUGAGGACUGUAGUAUAAGUAGCCAAAGCUUGGUCUUUUGGAAACAUUGUAUUAGUACCUAUAUUGAAUUGUGCUAUUGCCGGGU